AUGAGCCUGUGGCAGAAAAACCACACCUUAAGCUCUGCGUUUAUUAUCCUGGGUUUUGGGGAGCUGGCUGAAUUGAAAAUCCUCUUUUUCGGACUGUUGCUAGUGAUGCACCUGGUCACCCUAGCAGGGCACACAACCAUUGUGCUCGUCACCCUCAUUGACAGCUGUCUCCAGACCCCCAUGUAUUUUUUCCUCCGGAACCUGUCCGCCAUUGAAAUUUGCUAUACGUUGGUUAUUGUCCCCAACAUGCUGGCCAACUUCCUGUCCAGAAGCCAGCAGAUGCCCUUCCUUGGCUGUGCUCUACAAAUGCACCUCUUCAUUGCCUUGGGUGGGGCAGAGUGUUUCCUGCUGCUCGCGAUGGCCUACGACCGCUUCGUGGCCAUCUGCAAUCCCUUACGCUACACACUCACCGUCACCAGGGUCCUGUGCCUGCAGCUGCUGACCUCCGCGUGCCUUAGUGGCUUCGCUCUCUCGCUCACCCUGACGGUACUGAUAUUCCUCCUGCCCUUUUGCCAGUCCCACGAGAUCAAUCACUUCUUCUGCGACAUCCCUGCCGUGCUCUUCCUGGCCUGCUCCGACACCCGAGCCAAUGAGGUUGUGGUCUUCCUCGUCUGCACACUCAUCCUGCUGAUUCCCUUCCUGCUCAUCCUGCUCUCCUACGGGUUCAUAAUCGCUGCCAUCCUCAGGAUCCACUCAGCGGAGGGCAGAAGCAAAGCCUUCUCCACCUGUGCCGGCCACCUCCUGGUCUCCCUUCUGCACUACGGCUGUGCGAUAUUCAUCUACAGUCGCCCCAAGUCCUGCUACACUCCCGAACAGGACAAAAUUGUGUCUCUGGUCUACACCAAUGUGACCCCCAUGCUCUACCCUAUGAUCUACAGUUUGAGGAACAAAGAAGUCAAGGGCGCCCUCAGGAGACUCCUGGAAAGCCGGGGCCGCUGA